CAACCCAACCCAACGCCACCCCCCAAGUAGAUCUAUCGCUUGACGGAGGUUGAACCGACGAUGGCCGACGACGAGCUGGAGCAGGAGCAGGAGCAGGAGCUGGUGGUGCCGGAGGCCGACGAGCGUAGCCGUUGGAUAGCGCGGCACCCUGUGGGCUGCGCCGGCGUCUCGCUUGUUUGCAUCUACUGCCACUUGGUCACUGACGACCCGCCCUUGACGCUCCUCAUCCUUCUGCUCGGCCUCCUCGCCGUAUUUGUUUACGACCUUGCGUGGCUUUAUGCAAACGACAGUUCUCAAAAGAAACAAAAAAUAAAUCCACUCAUCCGUCGAUGCAUUCAUCUAAGUAGUAAGUACAUAUCUACAACUAUACAUUUGCCCAUGAGAUCGAUACUCUGUUGAAUGUCACACUAACUUCAUCCAUAUUCUGCAUGUACGUCUUGCUUUUUCGGGGGGCGAAUGUAUGCGUGCCUUGUUUGUUUGACUAAGAAAUGAUAUAGUGAUGUGGCCGCCGACGAGCUGGAGGAGGAGGUGGAACUGGCGGUGCCGGAGGCCGACGAGCGUAGCAGAUGGGCAGUGACGUGCCUUAUUGGCUGCGCUGGCAUCUCGCUUCUUCGCAUCGCCUGUCUGGUCGACCACCACAACAACCCCCGCAUGAGGAUCCUCAUGCUUCUGCUCUGCUACCUCGGCGUAUUUCUUUGCGGCCUUUUCGAGGCUUUUGUUAUCCAAAGGUACCUCAAUGUGGAGGGUCAGCAAAAGCUGGUAGAUAAAUUCUUGUUACUCUAUUUAUCAAUAAAUCAAUCCAUUCAUUCAUCCAUCCAUCCAUCCAUCUUUCUAUCUAUAGGUAAAAUUGUUUUGAACACUAUUUAUCUAUUAAUCGUAUAUUUAUCAGUCAACUAGUAAGCGUGCACGUGCGAAUGCACGUCGCAAUUAUCAUCA